AUAUAUACAGGGUGUCCCGUAACUGGUGGCACGAGCGAGUAGGGGGUGAUUCUACGUGAAAAAUGGAAUCGAAAAUGUAGAAUAAAAUUAUUUCAUAUGACGCUUUAUUUUCGAAAAAAAUAAGUUUGAAAAUUUAACGAGUACGCGUGUACUUGAUUUAGCUUCAGUUCGACGGACAUGACGAGCGUUGAACAAUUAAAACAAAAAAUUAUUAUAGCGUUUGAACAAUUAAAAUUGCACAACGACACAUUAGAAAACGUUCGAUACAAUUUAAUAAGGAGAACACAGUCAUGUUUACAACAACGUGGACGUCACUUCCAACAGUUCAUAAAUUAGACGAGAAAUCUGUCCAUCGAUCUACUGACAAUAUUUAUGAACAAGAAUGGAGGUGAUCUACAAUGAAAUCCGUCGAGCUGAAGCUGGUCCAAGUGCACGCGUACUCGACAAAUUUUCAAACUUAUUUUUUUCGAAAACAAAGCGUCAUAUGAAAAAAUUUUAUUCCACAUUUUCGAUUCAAUUUUUCACGUAAAAUCACCCCCUACUCGCUUGUACCACUAGAUACGGGACACCCUGUAUAUUAAUUUAAUCCUUGAUGAUUGGUGGUUUGUUUGGGUGUAGUUCUGAAAACCACUCACCCUCGAUUUUUUUUUAAACCACAGUAUUCUUACGUUUUUUUUAUACGCUGAUUACGAAUAUUAUAGUGAAAAAUUGGCGACUAUUUGGCCAUUGUAAGGCGAUCGGCAGCGCUUUCGCGAAAUAAUAACAAAUUCUUUAAACAACAUUAUUAUUUGCUAAUUCUUUAAACAACAUUAUUACUUGCAAAUUCUUGUGGCGGCGACGUGUCCAGAAAUUACAUGUAGAUCCGUUUAUUCAAUUACUUCCGGAUAUUAGGAUUUGCUAUUUUGUGGCAGUACCACUUCCGCUUGUGAGAAGCAAUUGUAUUCACUGAGAUAAACGUAAAAAACUAUAAUUUUUAUUUUCCCAUGAAAAUCAAGUAGUCGCCAAAUUUCAGUAUGAUAUUUGUUCAAUAUCAUAUAUUCGAAGCUUCGAUGUAACCGUUAGUAGCUCGUCAACAAAGUUCGAUAGCAUUGUCUUUAUGCGAUCGGCCCCGCGUCCCGCAGGUCUGUUUUUCAUACUUCGACCUGAGAAAUGAUAAAUUCCAACGCUUGCUUCGCAAUCACGCGAAUAGUGUGAGAGUCGAGUUGUCGACGAAACAUUCAUUGUAAUCCGUGAGCUCAGGCUUAUACGACGAAGACCGCGAGAGGAGCAAUAAAGUUUCAAGUUUAUCACGAGACCGAGAAAAAUCUUUUCCCGAAUUGUUCCCAGUCCCGCGAGCCAGUUGAUCCUUUUUCUCAAUCGGAUCGUUUCGACAAAAUUAGACCGAGACGAAACAUGACGAUAUUCAUAAUCAGCGUAUAAUAAACGUAAGAAUACUGAGUUUCAAAAAAAUAGGAGAAAAAGAUGGACAAAGAAUCAACGAACAAUCAACAGGAAAUAAAGAAAGUGCUGCUGCAAUUGCAGCAGCAGCUGCAGCAGCGGUUGCAGCAGUUACAGCAGUUGCAACAGCAGCUUCAACAACAAGAGCAGCAAAAACAGCAACAACAGCAACCCGAACAACAGCAACCGCAACAACAGGAACCACAACAACAGCAGCAGGAGGAGGCUGAUAAGAAUGAGAAGCCAAAGCGCAAAAGAGGAACGGCUGCAGGGUGGCAGCGGCGCCUCCACCGCGAGCUAUGGCGGCGCGGCGGAAAGAGAGGCGGCAGAGGCGGCAGGGGCGGCCGAUAUUUAAAUUUUCAUUUUAAUUUAAAAUAAACGAAUAAAUAAAAAAACUAA